AUUUAUUGUUUUGCUGUAGAGUGCUUUGCCCUCAAGGAGCGCUUUACAGAUAAAAAUAUAAAUACAUACAAUAAAGUAGAUUUGUAAUUUGCAUUAUUCCUGGCGGGACCUAGUGACAUCCAAUGUAUGUUUAAGGUGGUCCACAACCCCCUUCAGGAGUGCGUAGUUUAAUCAAUGCUACUUCAUUUGCAGCCUUGUAUCUGGGGUCCACUUGGUAUUCAGAGCCUUUAUUAUUUUCAAAACAACGAGUGACAUAGUGUAUAUUAAUAUGUAAGAAUUAUUAGUAAGUGUCAACUAUCAUAGUGUCAACUAUCAAAAAGUUUGGAUCUUGCUCUAUGUUUUUGGUAAAGUCCAUAUUUUCUGCUUCUUCUCUUACCUCUUCUAAACAAAUGGGAUACUCUGAUAACAAUAAAAUUGGCACUGCUUGCUUAUGGUCUGAAGAAAUAGAUAUUUCAGAUGGGGUCUAACUCUAGUUUUGUCUAUGGAAGGUCCAGGACCAGGCACUUCUCUUCUCACCAAGCUGUAAAAUAACAACAAUAUAUAACAAUCAUGAGAAUAAGCAGAAUAUAUUAAACAGAUUGAGACAUUGUUAUGUAAAAAUUAACCAGCUUAGUGCUAAAAAAAAGAAUCACCUUUACAUGGUAGGUUCCUGCAAUGGGUUCACAUUUUACUGGGCACGAUAGUGGAUUUACUGCUUCUGACACUGGUUCUUCCUGAUCUUCCUCCAGUUACUCCUCUUCCAAAGUGUCUGGUGCUGAAACAGUAGCAGAAUCAGAUGGGUUUCCUGCACUGUGUAGUUCAGCAGUUUCCCUGAAAUAAAUAAGACGGAACAGGGUUAGGUACUGUGUUUACUGAAUGUUUUUACAUCAAUGCCGUCGUCAUUGCUACUAAAACCUGUCAAAAUAUUUUCCCCAUAUCAUAAAGUAUGAGUGAGCCCCACAGGUUAACAUUAGACCUAGCCAAGUCAAGAUCUAAAAGCCAGCAGAGAAACAGAUGGUUAGAAAAAAGUGAGGCCUACAUACCAGGGUUUGUUCUCUAUGAAGAAUCCUUACUCUGCGAAAACCCUUAGAAUUCACCGGUAGAGGUCAGCUUCUGGAUUUCAUUGUAAUGAAAGUUGGUAGCCUUCUCAGCAAUGUCUUUCUGGACAGUCUGAAAAUUUCUUUAUCUCUUCCGAUGAGCUGAUUCUCAAACUUCUCUUCCAUAGAGGAGUUGUCAGAUAUUUGUCACUUUAAAUCAGAGUACAAGACAGCACAACCCCCAUUCUUUUACAAGUAAUACGUACAAGUGCCUUUUUAAAAAAGACAAGUGGAUAAGUAUGUCUAUGUUUACCAACUGCUGUACUUUGGUCUAACUUUUCAUUGCAAACAAUGAAGGCAAUUAUAAAACAGUUUGAAAGGAGUUGUUCACCUUUAAAUUAACUUUUAGUGUGAUGUAGAAGUGAUGUUCUUAGACAAUUUGCAGUUGGUUCUCAUUUUUUAUUUGUGGCUAGUGUUGAGUGAAAAUUUUCGCCAGGUUUUGCAGUGAAAAAAAAGCCCAUAGACUCCCAACGAGUGAAAAAAUUUCUUGCCCAUUGACAUCAAUGCAUUUGUUACAUUUUUUCACUCUUGGACAAAGCGAAACAGGUCCGAUUCAUCCAUCACUUUUAGUGGUCAUUGUUCAGCAGUCUUUAGCUGUGCUGAGUAACCCAAGAUGAACCCAUUAAUGGCUGGGUAAUGCACAGAAGCCAUUAUAUGGUGAACAGAAAUGUAAUGAAUAAGAAAAACUAAAUGAACAACAAGAUCCAACACAGGCCUGUGGUGAGGCUUAAUGUUAGACAAGAAAGAGUAGACAGUACAAAAUAAGCCACUCUCAGCCCACCAUUAAUAGUUGGGGGGGACUGCAAAUUCCUCAAGCAUUCUCCAGAGCUUCCAGUAUGUUUCUGAAAAUUAUGGAAAGCAUAAAAUAUUAAAAUAGUAGUCUUUAUUGGUUUUCUUAAAAUAGGCAGGAGGAUCAAACCUAAUGCGUUUCAGGCUCUCGAGCCCUUAAUCAUAGAUCUAUGCUGUCCAUAAUUUUGAGAAACUUAAUGGUAGAUAAGGCAGGGUUAGUAAACAGGCAGAGAGGUAAGGACUGCCAGCAGACAGGUGAGGUCUGUAAACAGGGACAUCCACUGCAAAACAGGAAUCGGGCAGUGGAUGGGGACUGGAGAACAGGAGCAAGUAACCAGGUUAGGAACACGGGAAACAGGCAGUAAUCAGGUGGUUACACAGGAACUAGAAGGGCACAGGCACAAGGAAUUACUGAAUUGCAGGUAUAACAGGCAAGAUCAAGCUUGGUGAGCUUUGAUGAUCAAGCAACAUGAAGUUCCAAGACACAGGCUUAUGAAGAGCCUUGAUUGCUAAAUCAACAACAUGUUGUUAAUAAGGCAGGAGGAGGUGACUUAUCAAUGAGGUCCGUGAUAGCCCAGAAUGACCUUUAUUUGUCUUACCUUAAUCUUGAUCUUCAUUCUUGAGAUGUCCUGGUAUUAGAGUGGCUGAAAGAGAGAGAGGAGAAAGAAUAAACAUAAAUUCAUAUGGAAACAAAGCAAUCAUGAUAAAUAUGUUUCAUUCAAUAACUUUGAAAAGGAAUAGCAUUCAAUGGUAAACAAUUUAGAAAUACUUUCCAGUGAUAUGAUCCACUCGCAUUCUAUUUUGAGGUUUCCUCCAUCUGUCAUAUGAGUAAUAGCCAUGUUUACUGGGAAAUGCUAUGUCUGCCUUAAAGCAUGGAGGAUUUGCAUCAAGGGUGACGGACAAAUCUUUUUGAAUUUUUCAAAGGCCUCCUCCAUUUACUCGUACAUGACCACAGUUGCGUACGGCUUCUCAUUUCUGGUUGUUUUUCUUCUUUGGCAUUUCUUCACUCUUCUGAUCUUUCUGCCACUGUUCUAUGGUGUUUAGUUCCUGCGUAAAAGAAGUCAUACCUAUAAAUUGUGGUUAAAAUUAAACCCAUUACUCAAAAGUCUCAAAAGAAAUGUUUUAAUACACUAAAGUAAUGUCAUGCGUACUUUAUUCCCAGAGUUUCCUUGCCAACCCCUCUUCUUAGUCUUUUCUGAAUGUCGCUGGUUAAAUCCAGGAAUAUGUCGCAAGUCUUGUAAAGAUGUAUGUCACCGAAGGCCAGGCUUCAUGACUUGAGCUGAGAAUGCCCAAACCUCUUAAUAUGUUCAAUUAAUUGAUAAUUAUUGCACUUGAAUUUCCCAGCUCUCUCAACAUGUUAAAAAUGUAUUUGCUUUCUCAGUGUUGUUGAGGAAAUCCAAGGGUUCCAUAAAGUAGGAAAGUCUUGUGAUAUUUCCCAUCUAGAAUAUAUACAUAUUUUACAAUGUAGACCAGAGAUCUUCUACCAGUGGCUUGUGAGCAACAUUUUGCUCUCUGACCUCAUGGAUGUUGUUCUCAAUGACCUCAAUGCAGGAGCUUAUUUUUUAAUUCCAGACUUGGAGGCAAGUUUUAGUUGCUGCCAAACAGAACCUCCUCUAGGCUGCCAGUCCACAUAGGGGCUACCAAUCACAUAUUUUGCACCCUAUGAACUUUUUGCAGGAUUAUGUUGCUAUCCAAUUUCUUUUUACAUUUAAAUGUUAAUGCCACUAGUCCUAUAUUAUAUUUGAGGUGAGUUUCAUUGUACAAGCUCCUCCCCUAAAUUUUUAAAAUUGCAGUGAGUAUUUCCUCCCAUCCCAACUAGACUGAAUCAGCCUCCUCAUUUAUAGGUGAUUGUGUUCAGUAGUCACCCUUAAUUAUCAUUAAUAGAUUAUUAAUUAAACAAAUCACCUGUAUUUAUAAUUAUUGUUAUUGUGUUAGGCAGCACGGGAUAAUAUUAUGGUAAUAACAAAUUCUUUGUACUUCUUAAAAGCAGUUUAAUAUUAAUUCAGGUGUAUUAAGUGAUUAUCAGAGUCUUGGUAUGGGUGACUGGCCUAGGGAAAUGUAUUUCAACCUAAGAAGUAGUAAUUGCUUGCAUUAAUUUUUUUCUUCUAUACUUUGCCUAUAAAAUUAGAACUUGAAUUAUGUAUCCAGGUCGGGUUUUAUCAAGCUUAUCCUCAUAAGCCAACAAUUAGUCAGUAACCAUAAGGUGUUUCUCCAGUGAAGCUUGAUUCCAAAUAUUUUGGCAGUUUCUUGCACCCCAAUCUUGAGUUUUAAUACAAGGCAAUUGAGGUGUUAUCACAUCUACCAGGUUUUCACCAUCAUUUCAACUUAUACAGGUCCAAUAUAUACACCAUAACACAGUUAACUGGAGAGAAAGACAGUUAUGGCCCUCUGAACGUAUGUUAAGCAAUUGGUUUAUUCUUUUGAUGGUAACUUCAUCAUUGGUGGAUUCAUCUGAAAGCCAGAAGGUAGACACAAAAUUCAUGUUUUCUGAAAACAACCAGUAAGCAAUUAAAAGCACAAUCCCUGCCCUUUCUGUUGAUUUUUCACUGGCGGAACCAUAGGUUCAGUGUUCUGCUUCAUUAAUUUAUUUUGACUUGAAUUGAAAAGAUGCAAAGACUAUAAGUAGUAGAAGAGAGAUGCCUCAUUGGGGAAGAACCUGCAAAGGAGGACAUCCAUGGUCUUCCUAAAGCCCUGUAACUUAAUGGUCCCCCAGAUUUUGCAGGACUACAAAUCCUAGAAUUCUUCAACAUAGAAUCCAAGGUUAAUGUAUGCUGGGACUGUGGGGCUGUUAAUUGUCCACCAACAUCUGGGGUCUCAUCUAGGACCCAAGUUUAACAGGGCUGUAAAGCAUUGGCCGCAUAGGGGUUUUUCAUAAUAAAAUGUGCAGAGUUUGCUACUAUUCUAAUCACCUCCUGCUUAAAAUCAAACAUCUUUUUGGUUGCUAUGGGUUACUGGACAUGGGCAAACAUUUGUUAUAUACAAGCUUACGAUUAUUGCAAUGGUUGACAGCAGGGCAUACUAAUAAUGAGUGUUUUCCUGUAGGGUGAUUAGUAAUAUAAGUAUGUUUGACGCCUCAUCCCAUCCUUCCUACCAAAAUAUGUGGGAUGGAAUUUUAGAUAUGUUCUCUGUAUUCUAACUUGGAUACAAGGCAGCCACGUGAUUCCUAAAAUACUCAGCCAUGGGACUAUAGGUAUUCCUUGGAAAUUCAAGCAAUUCUCACUGCAACCAUCACUUACAAGUUGUAGUUCUAGAAAGGAAUUAAUUAUUUACUGAAAUGUAAAACUGCAGGUGUCAAAAUUGUGUUUGGCUAUACCCCUCCGAAUUAAAAGCACCAAUCUAUCCCAUUUACAAGCUGAAACAAAUGAAUACCUCCUUUAAAAUCUCCAAUACAAUGUGUUCAUCAGCUGGGCUGCUAUGGGCAUAGAAUGAGCCCCCAAACUAUUCAUUGUAGUGGGAUUUCAAUGACUUCAACCAGAAUAUUUCCUGAUUUGAAACCAUCUAUGGCUUCUUCUCUCACUUGGCUAAUUAGAUGUUCUUCAUCCUCCCUUAGGAAUAAAGGGAUCUGAGCUGGAGAAGUGAUUUUAAUCAAUGUGAAAUAAAAGUAUUGUAAUUGAACAUCCCCUUUAAAAGCUGUAGUUUUAUUAAUGGAGCCAGAAAAAAUGGUGAAAAGUGCUUGCUUUGACAUUCUGCCAGGAUGUCUUGUGUAUUACAAGCCAGAUAAACAAAAGAUUCUGGGUGUGUUCUACUGAUGUGAUUAAUACAAAUCAGAAAUGUCUGCUCACUAAUUAAUUAAACCUCAUUAAGGAUCAGGUCAGACAACAUUCUUGUAGCGCAAAAUAUAAAAGUGGAAUGUCAGUUACAAUCAGUGACCUAUCCAGAAGACAAUGGUGAAGAUGUUCUCUGUAUUCAGAGCUGUGUUCCUCCUGAACUUGGGCAUCAGUGGAAUUAUUCAAGCUGUAACAGAUUGUGGAGUUUCCUCAUUAGCAGGUCGCAUUGUAGGAGGGCAGGAUGCUGUGCCUGACAAGUGGCCCUGGCAGUUGAGCUUCAGGUUCCAAGGCAAACACUUCUGUGGUGGAUCCCUUCUUUCUCCCACCUGGGCUGUUACUGCUGCUCAUUGCUUCAUAGACACCAAGUUGACCUCUAAAGAUAUCACCGUAUUCCUGGGCUCUUACAAACUCAGCGAGAAGGGUCCACACGAAGUAUCGGUGGGAGUAAAACAAUUCAUAAACUAUCCAACUUAUAAGAACGUAGCGGACAUUGGCGAUAUCAGCCUUGUGGAGUUGGCCAGGGAGGUGAACAUCUCAGAAUACAUUACCCCCAUUUGUCUUCCUUCUUCUUCUGUGAAUUUUGCCACAGGACAAAAGUGCUGGGUGACUGGAUGGGGGCGCCAGAAGAAUAACAAUAACCAGCCACUGGCGGACAUACUGCAGGAAGUCUCAUUGCCUCUGAUUGGUGCAAAGAAGUGUAAUGAGUUAUAUAAUACCCAAUCUGGCGCUGAAACAGCCACCAUCAAAGAUGAAAUGAUAUGUUCAGGUUACAUCAACGGUGGAAAAGGCUCAUGUCAGGGUGACUCUGGAGGGCCCGUUGUGUGCAAUGAGGGCAAUCGUUGGUACUUGGCUGGCAUUGUAAGCUUUGCAGCAGGGUGUGCACUGCCAUACCGCCCCGGUGUAAAUACUUUGGUGACUGUAUAUUCGGACUGGAUUGUACAAAAUGCUCCCAAUGUCACAGGGAAUGUGCGGAACGUGACUUUCACAUCACCUUUGAUCCCCCUGGGUAACACAGCACCGACCGUUGUCAUUCCCACCUUCCUCUUUCCAUUUCUGUUCAUUCUAUUGGUCAGUCAGUAAAGCCCUUACACUAAUAAGCAGCACUAUAUUCCGUGCUUCAUUGAGUGUUAAAGGGUAUGUAAACCUAAAAGUCAUUUUUACCCUUAAGCAACUGUCUAAUACACAUUUAUUCGUGCUUUUAAAACCCAUUAAAAUUAUUUGCAAAUGUAAUUGCAACUGAAA